GGAAGUUCGUUGAUGACAUCAUGAAACUACAUAAUACGAGUUUAACCGAGAUCUCCGAUUUUAUUAGUCAUAAAUACAUUUACCAAUGAUAGAAAGUCACCAGUUCUACAUAUUUUAAAACUUGUUCGCAAGUAAUUGGUGUUCAUUUUCCUACAAAAUGGCAACUGAAAACAGUUACGAAUGUCCAUAUAGAUUUUUGACAUCUGUCAUUAAGGAGUUGAAAUGUCUAGCCUUGGCGAAUAUGGAAUAUUUUCAGAACGGUAGUCACAGUCAUCAUGCCAAGUUCCAUACUUCAUUCUGCCUUUUGUACGAAUAUUUGGAUAUUGGUAUUGAACCCAUUGUAAUAGAACUGUUUCCACAAUUGUCUGGUUUUGAUGCAUCGCCAGAUGUAAAGGGAAAUGGAUAUCGUAGUCUUUUGAAAGUCAUUCAUAAAUGUUGUUUACAUUUAGUUCAACUAUUACGACAUAUAACGAUAAACAGGGAUUCCAUGUUAUUUCGUAGAGCUAACUACUGCAAGGAAGUUGAGGCCUAUGUUGCCACGUUAGGACAGUUACGUGCUUGUUUGUAUUAUGCUCAAAAGUUAAUGUCCUACUGCACAAAUGGAAACUUAUUCGCAGAUGAAGAUAGUCUUAAUAAUAAUGUAGCUGAACAGCUGUUGUCGGAUGUCGAGACGUUGAAUGAAGAUUGCUUUUAUGGUAGAUGCCUUGGUUUUCAGUUUUGCUACUCGAUGCAGAGACCGCUCAUUGUGGUGGCCAUUGCCAUGGCAUCGUUCUCCGAAGGAUAUCAAGAAAAUUCACAAAUCAUGAAGCUCGCAACAUCGAUUUUCAGCAGCGGUAAAUACUUGUUUAAUCCGGAGCUGCGAGCACAACAGGUCGUAAAUAUUACACGUUCGGCUGAUGUUAAUUUUUGCAAGGCAUUCUGGGGGAUUACAGAGACAGAAAUUAUGAAGCAACUGCCGUCGCUGGUUUGUCCAGUUGUCCAGGUGAACGAGGUUCUGUUGCUGGGACCCGACUCGUUUGAAAUGCCGACGUCGGACAACUCGGAUGUGGUUGUGAUCACCCCGCCCUGCGCCCACACGGGGCCUGGUUCAGUUCAAGUGAGGCUUAUCUCAGUGGUGCUCAGGGAGGGCCAGGAAGUUCAUCUGAAGAAGCAGGGAGGCAAGCUGAAGCCCGACCAGAAAACAUUACCUAGGACCCCCGGUCUGCUUGUACACUGUCACGGUGGGGGCUUCGUCGCACAGUCGUCCAGGUCACACGAGGUGUAUCUGCGUCACUGGGCAAAGGAGCUCAAUGUUCCGAUCCUGUCUAUUGACUACUCGCUGGCUCCAGAAUUUCCCUUCCCGCGCGCACUCGAGGAAUGUUUUUACGCCUAUGCCUGGGCUGUCCAGAAUGUUGAGAAACUGGGAUCGACAGGGGAGAGAAUCUGUGUGGCAGGCGACAGCGCGGGCGGUAACCUCAUGAUCUCUACCGCGAUGCGUGCGGCCGCGGUGGGUAUCCGCGUCCCGGACGGUAUCAUGGCUGCCUACACCCCUGUCAUGGUCCGAUACACCCCGUCGCCCUCGCGUCUGCUCACACUGAUGGAUCCACUACUUCCUGUGGGAAUUCUCUCUCGUUGUUUAGCUGCUUAUGCGGGUGUGUCUGACAAACUUGCAACCGGAUUGGCUAGCACAGUGUUCCCGGGAGAGGAUGAUGGUGCAGUGAAUCUACUAGAGUCGUCAUCAGACGAGUGGAUUGUUGUGUCGCAAGAAGAACUGCAGCACAAUCGUACCAAGGUCAAGAUCGAGUCACAUAACACACAGGUCAAAGUUCGUUCUGAUUCAGAGAGGACACUUGAUGAAACACAGGUCAAAGUUCGUCCCGAUGCAGAGAGGACACUUGAUGAAACACAGAUCAAAGUUCAUCCCAAUUCAGGGAGGUCACCUGAUGAAACACAGGUCAAAGUUCGUUCUGAUUCAGAGAGGACACCUGAUGAAACACCGGUCAAAGUUCGUCCCGAUGCAGAGAGGACACCUGAUGAGACACAGGUCAAAGUUCAUCCUGAUUCAGGGAGGACACCUGAUGAAACACAGGUCAAAGUUCAUCCUGUCUCAAAAAAUACACCUGAUGAAAUGCGGGACAAAGUUCAUUUAGUUUCAGAGAAGGCAUCUGAUGACACACAGGUCAAAGUUCACCUGGAUUCAGUAGAACAUUCUGACAAUUCACAAGUUAAAAUCCAUCUCGAUUUAUUAGAAAAUUCUGAUGAUACACCAGUGAAAGUCCGUCUUGAUUCAGACAGAAAUCGUCACCAAACUCCAGUCAAAGUACCUGUUCUGUUACAAGAAUAUUCAAAUGACUUGCAGGAAAUUGAUUCAGAUGCUCCAAGAAAGAAGGAGGAAUUAUUUUUAAAGAAUAAUGUUGAUGACUCCCAGCUGAGCAGUGCCAAUUCAAGCGUGUCACUAGAGGUGCAUCUGUCGACGCUGGACUCUGCAAGUAUUUACGAAGAUCUCGAUAAAUCCUCUGCCGUUUCCUCGAACAGUUUGCCUACCUACAGCAUCGCAGUGGGAAAUCUACUUCACGCAACAGAUCGUAAGUUGCCUGUGUCUGAAAAUCAAGCUUUGGCUUCUAACGAACAUUUCACUGAUGUGGCCCUGAAUAACACGCCAUUGGAGGAAAACAACUCGUACACCAAUCUGAUAGGAGAAUACGAGAUCGUGAACAAGGAAACCAUUCCAGUUUGUAACAGCAUCGAAUCGAGGUCGUCUUCUCCCUCCGAACUUUCAUACUCUGAUCAUGAACCGGACGGGCAGGUCGAUAUUUCUGUUGCCAAAUUAGUCUGUUCUGUUCCAAAGACUUGUAAAGAUGCAGACACCAAAGUCAAAACCUCACGUCAGUCAGGUGAGAGGCUGCCAAACUUAAACUGCUUCUUUUCCACAAACAAAGAAACGAAACCAAAGAACAACACCAGUGGUUGCCAUGGAGAUAAUAUGGGAAAUUCUUGUGCCAGUGCCAGCGGUAACAUUCAUCGUCCAAAUCGUGAAUUGCUGAAUCUUGAUUUAGCUGCAGGUGAUGCCUGGUCGAAAAAGCAUUCACCAUCGAGGCUGAAUCGCUCCCCUUCCACCCCCACAUUCAAGAAGAUGGCGUCCCCACCACAGCGGACCCCGGGACCGACGGACUUUGCCCGACAUCGGCAUCACGGUCAGAGUCCGCUACAGGCGAUGAGACACCUGCCCAUUGCGAGAAACCCGUACAUGUCACCGCUUCUUGCUCCUAGUCACAUGCUGCAGACUCUGCCUCAUGUGUGUCUGGUGGCGUGCCACCUGGACCCGAUCCUCGAUGACUCUGUGAUGUUUGCGAAGAAGCUACACAGACUGGGCAAGUCUGUUGACCUUCACCUUAUCGACAACCUUCCACACGGCUUCCUCAACUUCGCCCUCGUCAGCAAGGAGGCCAAACAAGCUUCCGACGUCUGCGUGGCGAAAAUACGAAAAGUGCUCAACAUGGACUGAAUGUUUGCUUUUAAUACAAAUACUUUGGGGCUUUUCAGCAAUUACCUAGUAUGGUUCUGGGGACAAAGGAGAUCAUGGGAUACAUUACAACACUGGGGAAUGUUUUUCAAGAAUUACAUAACAUUUUAAAAAUCUUUCAUUUAUAAAUACAGGCAAUCUUCGCCAGGGUUUUUUCUCCGUAUUACAGAUAUUUUUUUAACAAGUAUUAAUAUCAAAGAAGCAAAUAAAAAAUAUAAAAACAGAAAGUCCAAUAAUAUUGGGAAAAACUAUUAGUGUUGAUAAAAGGAGGACAUUUUUUCAAGUGAUAUAUAAUUUUAGAAGGGUUAUGGUGUUGCUGUUUCAUAAUGUUAUAUGAGGAGAGGCUGAAAAAGACGUAUGACAAAGUACAAAAAGAAAAGAUGAAAUAUGUUUAUCAACUCCUCUAUUCUGGUUAAAGCACUACAAAUCAUAUAUAAUGAUUAGGUUACAGAUUUCCCAAGCUGUCUUACUGCUAUGAUAUUGUAAAACAGCCGUAAGCUAUGACGUCACUACGACACACCGACACGUCAUAGCCCCUGACAGUUUUACGAUAUCAUAGCGUUAAGAUAGCUUCUAAAACAUGGGCCCUGUUUAGCCCUUCCUGUGAGGCCAGUAAAUAUUGUUUGUUGUAACCUGCCUGACUUGUGACAUUUGUCCCAACUCACGUCGUAGCCCCUGAUGGUUUUACGAUAUCAUAGCGUUAAGAUAGCUUCUAAAACAUGGGCCCUGAUUAGCCCUUCCUGUGAGGCCAGUAAGUAUUGUUUGUUGUAACCUGCCUGACUCGUGACAUUUGUCCCAACUCACGUCAUAGCCCCUGACAGUUUUACGAUAUCAUAGCGUUAAGAUAGCUUCUAAAACAUGGGCCCUGUUUAGCCCUUCCUGUGAGGCCAGUAAAUAUUGUUUGUUGUAACCUGCCUGACUCGUGACAUUUGUCCCAACUCAUGGUUGUUUUAGCACCAAUUUCUCUCUUAAAAAAUAAUUUUGAAAAUAAAAAAGUUUGUUGCAAGAUUUUAUUACUAUUAAAAAAUACUGUCUGUAUAUUUUGUGUUCAACCAUAGUGCAUUACUAUACCUGUACAUGUAGAUGGUUCUGUAGUAAAUUCAGGAGGGCAAGCAUUCACAGUUAGACUGGUUUUCAUUGUAUUCCAUCCUUUCAUAUUCAUUUAAUAUUAGGCAUGAAAACCAAUCUAUAGUGAACAACCGAGAGAACUCGGUGAACAUGCCUAAAUGUGAUCAUUUAAUCAAUGUGUAGUCUGAAAUGGGAUCCUAAGCAGGUGCAGAUCCAGGGAGAUCUGAAACAGGUGCAGAUCCAUUGAGGUUGAAGGGGUCUGGACCCCCCUGUUCAUGAUUGAAAAAAAUAAAAAUCCACUUAUUUUAAUGUCCAUUCAAUGCUAAUGUACAAGUUCUAUUUAAGUAGUUGUAUAUAGAUUCUCCCCUUCCCAAAAAUCAUGGGUCCUUCCGUGCCUGAUCAAAUUAAAUGCUUUUUUUUUUUAAUAUGUAUUUUACAAUCAAAUUUCAAUCAGAUUGGCAUUAUGUUAAAGAAAAGGUAUUUUUAAUUUAAUGUUAUUUACUGUUAUGUUUGUGUUAUAUUUUGAUGUUUUAAAAUCAAAUUUAAUUCUAUCAGUGGUUUUAAGUACGAAUUUAUACUGUUUGCAGGCUUUCUGCCAGAAAGUAAUAAAAACAAAACUGACCAUAAGUUCCCCAUCUAAGCGUUUAUGGGUUUGAAAUUCUUUAAAACUGGAUUUUCAGGCACUUUGACAUGUUUGUUAAUUGCAUAGCCCUGAUGCAUGUCAAAUUUAUUCUAAUAACCGAUAUAACCGAUUAUCCAUUAGAGCUUGAUUGUAAAUUAGAGCCAACAGUUUACUUUUGAAAUGCCUUGUGAACAGUAUAUCUUACUCAUAGUGAAGAACAAACACUAUACCUGGAUGUUUAACGGCCAUUGUCAUAACAAAGAAUACUAAUAUAUGUUUAUAUUUAAAAGUAAUGUAUGCAAGUUGUCAAUUACGAGAUCAUCAAAAUAGAAAUUGAGUAGACUUUGGUGAACAUAUUGCAUAAUAAAUCCCCCCCCCCCAAAAAAAAAACCCCAACAAAACAACCAAAAACCAAAAACCAAAGAAGCAUGAUUUAUAAUUUGUUUAUUUUUCUACUUUUAAGUUUUGAGACUUGUUAUCAUAGCUAGAGCUACCUCUUAAAACCAGACAUUUUACUUGGUUCCAAUGGUGUCCAGUUUAAAGGGGUUUCACUGUACAUUGUAUCUAGGUAAAACUAAUGUGAACUGGCUUUUAGUAAUAUUGCCCUCUGUGGUGUGGGUACAUUCAUGGUAAUUCCUGUAACAAAACAAUUGAAUACCUAUAUGUAUGUAAAAUUAAUGUGAACCGACUUUUAUUACCUGUAGUUCAGUAAUAUUGCCCUCUGUGGUGUGGGUACGUUCAUGGUAAUUCAUGUAACAAAACAAUCGAAUACCUAUAUGUAUGUAAAAUUAAUGUCAACCGACUUGUAGUCACUUGUAGUUCAGUAAUAUUGCCCUCCUUGGUGUGGGUACAUUCAUGAAGGUUUGGUAUGAUGACCUAUACAAUGUAGAAUAUAGGAACCAUCUUUUGCAAGAAUCGUGAAAAAUAAUGCUGGGGGCAUAGCCAGAGAGGAAAAAACGCCUAGUCAAAGCCAGACCUGUAAAAUAAAUAUCAGUGUCGUGGGAAAAUAAAUCUGGGGAAAUUCCAGACGAGGCAAGUGCCUUGUCUGCCUCAUGCUGGCUACGCCAUUGUAAUGAUUUCAUUAUGUUUUGAGCAGGACAGGGAACAUUUUAUUUCAUUUAGAAAGCUGAUUAGUAAGUACUGUUUCUUAAAUGUUUUAGAAUGGUGUAGUGAUCUCAGUGAUCUCUGAAACGUGCAUAGUGAAUCGCAGUGCGAUGGUGAACACCGCUUUCAGUUCCACGCAGAAACAAGGUGCUAUUCAUAUUUUUACUGUGGUUAUUCACCAUUGUGACAUAUAUACUAUAUUUACUUAUGUUGUAGAGUAUCUUUGUUUUUCUUUCUUUUUUCCUGCUGUUUAUAAAUGACCACAGAUCGUAUUGAAUACCAUACCAUGUAGAAAAGGCUGGUGCUUAAUAUGGCUUUUUGUUUCGCCUUUAUUAAGUCAAAAGGCAAGAUAUAUGCAUUACAUUUCUGAUAGUGGUGGGGAAGGCGACGGCAUCAACGUUUGUGUUAAUAGUUUCACGUUUAGAUCAGUUUCUCACUAACUAUAACUUGUAGGUCAUUUCAUUUUAUUUCAACUUAUUUUCGUGCUUAUAUCCAAUUAAGGUUCAAGCACGCUGUCCUGCGCACACACCUCAGCUAU